GUGUUAAUGCUGGCUCAAAUACAGGAGAGGUUUGCACUUCACUGUUCAAGGACUGGCUUUGGCAUCAGGGUAGAAAUGUCCUGAGAAUAAGCUAAGGCUGCUUUGCUGAAGCAAAGACCCCUGUGUGCUGCAUGGCAUAAAUCUAAUAUUGGUUUUGUGCCACUCAGUGUCUUCCCUUGUGAAAUCACUCCAUGGCUGAUCCCAUCACUCCUCCGUGUUGUUUUGUCACUCACACGGCGACAAAAGGCUGCACUGCAGCACUGAAUUUCCCUUUGGAGUGCUUAAUUUAUCUUUCCUUUUGAGAAUAAGGACCUUUGGUGAGUGUGUUUGUGGGUAUUCGCUGGGAAGUUCUGAACCACCCUGCUCAUAGAUUUGUGCUGUUUUAGCAUCAUGAGAGGCAAAUGCUCAUCACCUUAAUAAAUGUGGUAACUACCAUGUGUUAUAAGGCAAAAUGAUUCCAGAUUAAGUCUAAAUGUGUUCCUGGACAGCUGAUUGUUAUUUGACAAUAAACAUUACUAGGGAAAGUGUACUUCAGACCGAUCUUGAGAAUUCAAGCAGGGUAGCAUUACUGCAGAGAAAAUGGUUUGUUCUUCUGGAAUAAGCCAGAAGAAACGUCCGAUACAGGGUGUAGCUCACUUCAAUGCCCUGGCCUUUCUUGUAGAAUAGCAAAAGUGGUAUAUGGUCUAAGCCAUUACACGGUUAAAUUGUCCAGAUUAAGAGCCAGAUUUAUAAAAUAUAUUCAGCAUCUCCAAGUGCAGGUAUAUGUGAAGCUUUCUGAGCCUCCAUGUCAGGCUUUAUUUUUACAUUCCACGUUUACUUGACUUUCACUUUGGACAUUUAAGUCCCUUUUGAAGUAUAACAAGGAUGCUGCAAUUUUUGCCUUGCAAAGGGCUGCUUGGGAACAGCAUGCAGUGUUUGCAUAUGUCAGCUACAGCUCCAGUUAAGCACUUUUCCAUCUGUCAACAUAUUUGGCACUUUUUGUUCCCCUUCUUGACUGUGAGCACCUGUUAUUCCAGGAGUGUAAUAGAGCUGACGUCUAAAUUUAUCCACAGAUGAUACCUCAUUGUUGCUGAUUGGGAUGUUCUGAAUCUAGGGAGAAUUACUAAUCCAUAAUACUGCAAAGAGACUGCUUUAAACUGUAGGCUUGACCAGUAUUUUUCAGAUGUUUCCUGCAGACAGGAAGAGGGUGGAAGCAGCAUUAAGCGCUUGUCAUCUUCCAAAAGGCAAGAAUGAUGCCAUCAACCCAGAGGACUUCCCUGAGACUGUGUAUAAAACUUUCCUCAUGAAUCUGUGCCCACGGCCUGAGAUUGAUGAGAUAUUUACUUCACACCAUUUCAAAGCAAAACCCUACAUGACCAAAGAACACUUGGCAAAGUUUAUCAACAAGAAGCAGCGAGACUCUCGCCUCAACGACAUCCUUUUCCCACCAGCAAAACCUGAGCAGGUGCAGAGCCUGAUAGAGAAAUAUGAGCCCAGUGUCAUUAACAUCCAGAGAGGGCAGUUGUCUCCAGAGGGAAUGGUCUGGUUUCUCUGCGGCCCUGAGAACAACGUGAUAGCACUGGACAAAUUGGUGCUGUAUCAGGACAUGACACAGCCCCUCUCACACUACUUCAUCAAUUCGUCCCACAACACUUAUUUAACAGCUGGCCAGUUUUCUGGUAUCUCCUCUCCCGAAAUGUACCGUCAGACGCUGCUGGCCGGGUGUCGCUGUGUGGAGCUGGAUUGCUGGAAGGGCCGUCCCCCAGAUGAGGAGCCCAUCAUCACUCACGGGUUCACCAUGACAACUGAAAUCCUCUUCAAGGAUGCCAUUGAGGCCAUUGCAGAAAGUGCUUUCAAAACAUCCCUUUACCCUGUCAUCCUCUCCUUUGAGAACCAUGUGGACUCGCCCAAGCAGCAGGCAAAGAUGGCUGAGUACUGCCGAACCAUAUUUGGAGAUAUGCUGCUGACAGAGCCUCUGGAGAAAUACCCACUGAAGCCAGGAGUUCCUCUGCCGAGUCCUAAGGAUCUCUUAGGGAAAAUCUUAAUUAAGAACAAAAAGAAACAGUCAGUGUCUGAGAAGAGGCAGAAUUCUAUGAAGAAGGGGAAGAAUGUGGAACCAGAAAUCAUCGAGCAGCCAGCUUUUAUGGAUGCUGAAGAUACUGUCUGGGCAGGAGAUGUGGCUGAAGAGGAACCAGAGGAAGAGGACGAUCAGCUAGGAAACCUGGAUGAAGAGGAAAUAAAAAAGAUGCAGUCAGAUGAGGGCACUGCUGGUUUGGAAGUGACAGCAUAUGAGGAAAUGUCCAGCCUCGUUAAUUACAUACAGCCCAUCAAGUUUGACUCCUUUGAAGUCUCUGCCCAGAAGAACCGGAGUUACGUCAUCUCUUCCUUCACCGAGCUGAAGGCUUACGAUCUGCUGACCAAGUUCCCUAUGCAGUUUGUGGAAUACAACAAGCGCCAGAUGAGCCGGAUUUACCCCAAAGGCACCCGGAUGGACUCCUCCAAUUACAUGCCCCAGAUGUUCUGGAACGUUGGCUGUCAGAUGGUGGCACUGAACUUCCAGACCAUGGAUGUCCCCAUGCAGCAGAACAUGGCUCUGUUUGAGUUCAAUGGCCAGUGUGGCUAUCUGCUCAAGCAUGAAUUCAUGCGGCGCCCAGACAAGCAGUUUGACCCUUUCUCCGUGGACCGCAUUGAUGUGGUGGUGGCAAGCACCCUGUCUGUCACGAUACUUUCUGGUCAAUUCCUCUCAGACCGCAGUGUGAAGACGUAUGUGGAAGUGGAGCUGUUUGGGCUGCCAAGGGACACGAAGCGCAAAUACAGAACCAAACUGACCUCCACUGCCAAUUCCAUCAAUCCUGUUUGGAAAGAAGAACCUUUUGUUUUUGAAAAGAUCAUGAUGCCUGAGCUGGCAUCGCUCAAAAUUGUGGCUUUUGAGGAAGGAGGGAAGUUCAUUGGUCAUCGUGUCAUUCCCAUUAUUGCAGUACACUCAGGCUAUCACCAUGUUUGUCUCCGCAGUGAAAGCAAUAUGCCACUCACCAUGCCCUCUCUAUUUGUGUACCUGGAAGUAAAGGAUUACGUCCCUGAUGCCUGGGCAGAUCUGACUAUUGCUCUCUCCAACCCAAUUAAGUUCUUCAGUCUGCAAGAAAAGAGAUCGGUUAAUCUAAAAGAUGGCUCGGAGGUGGAGAGGCCUGACAUGCAAAGGAACUUCUCAUUCCCUGAAAAUAAUGGGAUACCAGAGUCCACCAGGAAAUUCAGCACCCCUUUUGCAAAUGGGCCUGCAGGAGCAGCAGCUCUGGUCAAGGAUGGAAACAUGAAGGAAGUGACACAGCUUGCAGAGCCUCAGACAGCCAGCCUGGCAGAGCUGCAGCAGAUGAAGCUGUUCCUGAAGCUGCUGAAGAAGCAGGAGAAAGAGCUGAAGGAGCUGGAGCGGAAAGGAAGUAAACGGAGAGAAGAGUUGCUGCAGAAAUAUUCUCUUCUCUUUUUGGAGCCUGUCUGCCCCGGAGGCAAGAAAAGAUCCAUACACUCCAGAAAAACCCAGAAGAAGAGGAGUUUGACGACAGGUGAUGUUGGUACCUGCGUGCAUCCUGUGGAAAUGGCAGAAAGCCUUGAUAGCCGAGUUUUGGAGCUGAAAGAGAGGCUGGAGAUGGAGCUUAUCCACCUGGGGGAAGAAUACCAUGAUGGGAUUCGAAGAAGGAAAGAGCAGCAUGCCACAGAGCAAACGGCCAAGAUAACAGAGCUAGCCAGAGAGAAGCAGACAGCUGAGCUGAAGGCACUGAAGGAGUCAUCAGAAAGCAACAUUAAAGAUGUUAAGAAGAAGCUGGAGGCAAAACGAUUAGAACGAAUCCAAGUCAUGAUGAGGAGUACUAAUGACAAGGCUGCUCAGGAGAGGUUGAAGAAAGAAAUUAAUAACUCUCACAUCCAGGAAGUGGUCCAAACAAUCAAACUGCUGACAGAAAAGACAGCCAGGUAUCAGCAGAAGCUGGAAGAGAAGCAGGCAGAGAAUCUGAGAGCAAUCCAAGAGAAAGAAGGCCAGCUCCAGCAGGAGGCAGCGGCAGAAUACGAGGAGAAAUUGAGAGGUCUGACAGUGGAGGUGCAGGAGAUGGUGAAGAACUGUGUGAAAGAAGUCUUUCCUGAUGGGCCGGAGAUUCAGAAGGAAGCAGUUCUGAGCAUUCCCGUGGAAGAACAAAGCUCUACAAAGCAACUGGAAGAGAAGAUCCCUGGGGCAGAGGUGUCAAGGCUGACAGCAGCUACGGCUGAGCCUCCAGGAGCCGAAACAGACGUCACCAUUGAGGAAAGCAUACUGUGAGCAAUGCUUCCCUUGCUGUUUCACUUCAGGAAUGUUUAUGGACACAUGUAAUGAAGUUAAAGACCAGCUUGACAAACUACUCUCUCUUUGCAUGCUGGGUAACUCCUGAAAUCCUUCAGGAAUUUACUACUUUGUUAUUCUAGGUAUUGGAAAUAGUCCGAGGAGCUCACCUUCAGCGAGCACUUCACUCUCCUUAGCACUAAGGUGUGUUUCAGCAGUAGGGCUGAAGACAAGCUGGUUGUUGACACUGACAACAGCAUCUACGUUAAUAUUUUGGCCUGGGUUCAGUUGUCAGUUUUCAGAGCAGUAUCCCUCAUUGCCCAUUACGCACCUGUUCACAUCAGAGCAAUCUCAGAACUAGAUCCCUCUGAACAAAAUAGAACUCUCCAACAGUCCACUGACCGUGCUCCAACCAGCUGAGAGCCAGCCUGGAAAAAAGCCCUUGAAAUGCAUGCGAGUGGAAGUGGCAGAGGCUCAGGAUAAACUGUUGCUCCCUAAAGUGCCGUUCCACCUGGCAAAAGUACCUGCUAACAGGCAACUACCUACUACAGCCCCUGUUUGUAGGAGGAAAAGUCAGUUUGAAUCUCCUAUCUUUUUGUUUCUUAGCAUACCACUUCCUUGCACAACCAGCAUGGGCUUUUUAGUUGUUUUUUUUUUCCCCCCAUGGUAAGAUGAGGACAGUUUUCAGUGCACUGCUAUAAAAUAUAAAACAGCAUUUCUUUCUGUGGAAAUAUGCACUGCCAGCACAUUUUCUUCUUUCUUUCAAUCUCCUCUUAUCCCAGGGGCUGGUUCUCACUCCCAGUUUUGACUUUACCACUUUGGUAUGCCUUCAGGCAAGUUCUUAGAUGUGGAUCCAGUAUCUCCUAAGACCCUUCCAGUCUUCAGCAGGCUCAUUGGACAAUUACAAGGCACACUAUGAGGAGCCUAAGAGCCUUAGUAUGGUUACCUGCUAUCACAAACACACUUGCAGAUUCUCUACUACCAUAAUUAGAUGCUUAUAGAGCAUCACUGCAACUUUUGCCCGUGAAGCUAAAUUAGCUCCACGCUAUGUAGUAUAGCAACCUUUACCAAAACCUCUAAGCUGCUUCAACAUAAUUAUGUUGCUCAAACAAAGAGCCAGACAGUUAUAUUGCCUGUAAGAGUAUCGCACACAGAAAGCUGAGCACAGAAAACACAUUGCAUCUAUUCAGUAGCAGGAAGAACAGCAGAUCUCUGAAGCUUCCUUUACCUGCUGCUAUCCUUGUUAAUGAAUGGCAGCGGUGGGCUCAACAGUGAUGAGGAGAAUCUGCUCCUGGGAAAGCCCAACUCCUCAAAUUCCCAUGUUCUUUGGGACCUGGAGUGUAAGACAACACACUACUUCUGUUUGAAGGUGUAGUGCUCACACCUUUCUCCAAAGCCUCAGUCCCUUCCCAUUUCUCCAUGAAUUACAGCCACCUCCGACUAAUAAUUUUCCCCCUUUGGUGACAUAACAAAUAUAAAAGUCUUGUUCCACAGCCUCACUGAAGGAAAACUGCCCAGAUGCAUGACUCAAAAGACGAAUGGUUCUCAGCCUCUUCCAGCCCUAGCAGAUACCUGCUGCUGUCUGUCUUCACUCACACAAAUGCGUGGAGGGCCAGAUUCCCAAUAUGUUGGCUUUGUCUUGCAACAGAAAAAAGGGCACAUUCCUCUUAACCAUCUUCACACUUCCACUUUAUAGGACAACAGAGCCUUAUUUUGUGAAUGCAGAACUUACAUCACGGUCCCCAGCCUCCCUCCACGCAUACUUUCUCUCACCUGUGUUAUGACUUUGUGCGCUGAACGGCUUUGGCACAGCGAGUUCUCAGUCAUGCAGAAGGAAGGAACUGGAAACAUAUGGCCAAACUCUUUUCCUAGCACCUAUAAGACAGACUUUGCUUAUGGAUCCUAAAAAAGCAAGAAAUAAUAGCAAUACUUCAGUACAGAACAGAAACAUGGUGGCCUUCCUCCUAUCAAAUCCUGUACGCCUUAACACCAACAGCUACAGCCCCUUGCUUUAAUGCACCCAUUGGGGCAGCUGUGCCACCACAGAGCUGCAGAGGGUGGAGUAUCUUUAUACCCAUCCACGGCAGACAAACGUGAGAAUACAGCCCACAAAGCUGCUCUUGUUAGUGAAACCUUUGCCCUUAAAUUGAGUCCGUGUGUUCCUGACUGCAGCAAGAGUUUCUCUCCCCUCCCUAGAAUGUGCCACUGCAGUAUCACCUGUUAGUCUUCCCCACCCUUUGACUUGUUCUUCAGGUUUCUGUCUUCUCUGGAAAAGUGAGCUCAAUCGUGGUGAACCUACAGCAUGCAGUGGUUGUCACAUGAGAGCUGUUACACCUCAAAACUGCACUGGGGAACGCAUCGUGAAGUGCUGCUAUAAAAACCAGCUCAAGUAGGUAGGAGAUGAGAGGUUCCAAACCUGGUCUGACAUGCAAGAAGAGACCAUACCUCCCUGUGGUGUUAACUUACUUAGUACUGGAAUUAUGUAUUGUACAUUGCUGACUUAUUUAUUUUCUAAAAUAAUAAAACAUUGCAUUUCUUACCAAAAAAA